GCCCUCGUCUCCGUCGCUCAUCGACCAAGCUCGCCUGUCUUGGACCGCCUGCUGCUGUCCUCUCAUCCACCGAUCGGCUGCCCAGGCACCCUUUUACUCUCGAGAUCCUCCACAUUCCCCUUCGUCCUUAUUGAAUCCUCGGUCGCCAAGAUGAUGCGCACCCGCCCAGUGAUUAUGGAUAAUGGAACCGGCUACACCAAGCUCGGAUAUGCUGGCAACCAAGAUCCCCAGUUUGUGAUCCCCACGGCCAUUGCCACCCGCGAUGGCCCCUCGACCGGCAACACCUCCAACCUGGCAUACAAGCGCGACAUUGCCGACCUCGACUUUUACAUUGGCGACCAGGCAGUGCAGAACUCCAAGACGUACUCGCUGAACUACCCCAUCCGACACGGCCAAGUCGACAACUGGGAUCUGAUGGAAAAGUUCCACCAAGCCUGCAUAUUCCAGUAUAUGCGUUGCGAGCCAGAGGACCACUACUUUCUCUUGACCGAGCCUCCGCUGAACGCCCCCGAGAACAGAGAGUAUACGGCCGAGAUUUUCUUUGAGUCCUUUGGCGUCAAGGGCUUGUAUAUUGGAGUCCAGGCUGUGCUGGCUCUCGCUGCCGCCUGGAUCAGCAGCAAGAGCGACCAAAAGACUCUGACCGGCACAGUCAUCGAUUCCGGAGACGGUGUCACGCACGUCAUUCCGGUGGUGGAAGGUUACGUCAUUGGAUCGUCCAUCAAGCACAUCCCCAUUGCCGGCCGCGACAUCACCUACUUUGUGCAGCAGCUCCUGCGUGAGCGCGAGAACAGCAUCCCCCCCGAGGAGACCAUGGAGGUGGCCAAGUUCAUCAAGGAAAACUACUCCUACGUGGCUCCCGAUAUUGUCAAGGAGUUCAAGAAGUACGAUGCCGACGGCGCCAAGUGGAUCAAGAAGCACGAGUUCAUCCAUAGCGUGACCAAGAAGCCAUACACGGUGGACAUUGGAUUUGAGCGGUUCAUGGCCCCCGAAAUCUUCUUCAGCCCCGAGAUUUCCAACGCGGACUUUCUCACUCCUCUGCCUCAAGUCGUCGACCAGGUGAUCCAGAGCUGCCCCAUCGAUAACCGACGAGGCCUCUACAAGAACAUUGUGCUUUCGGGCGGAUCGACCAUGUUCAAGGACUUUGCCCGACGUUUGGAGCGCGACAUCAACCGACUGAGCUCGGCCCGACUUCAGGCCAUCCAAGCCGUGAACCAGGCCAACAUGAGCCACGGCCAGAUCAACGCAACCGCGAUCGAAGUCAAUGUCGUCAGCCACAAGCGCCAGCGCAACGCUGUCUGGUCAGGCGCCAGUAUUCUGGCUGAUACGCCCGAGUUUUUCAGCUUCUGCCACACGAAGGAGCAGUACGACGAGUAUGGCCCCAGCAUUGCCCGAUACAACAAAGUCUUUGGAUCGGUUCUGUAAACUGUACAAGUAACGGUGCAGAUGGCCGUCUGCUGGGAAAGUGGUGUGGCAGAAGGCCCGCCAAAGCCCAUCCCUUCCCUGUCAUGGCUGUUUCUUCCGACGUUUUUGUGAACGAGGGAGGGAGUGUGUGUGAUUCCGUUCUCUCUGGCCUUGAGUCCACACAAAAUGAAACAGGGCACCCUGUUUCUGGGUCCUGAAUAUACACCCGACCACAACGGACAUUGUGUCCAGGGAGACAGACA